CAAUAUGGAAGCAUUGUCAUACUCGGAGGAAGAGAUUUUGUAGUUCACUCUACGGAGAACAAAAGGAAAGCCGACGUUGUAACGAAAUCUAAACUUGAAGAUUUGGUAUAACCAAAUAGAGAUUGGCCAGAUCAAGCAUCGUUCUUGAUCCAUUUGUUGUUCUUCUAGUGUGAACACAUGAACUACUUGUUAGGGUUUCAAACUUGAUCGCAACAUUUCUAUCUGCUUAGGGUUUUGUGCGUUCAUACAUGUGUUCUUGAAUCUUAGUUCCAAGAUUGGGAAAAAUGGUGGAUGAUUCUGAACAAGGAGAAAAAGAACUAGACCUCGUGGGUUCGUAUUUCUUGAAGUUAUGGAGAUUUAAGUCCAAGAGGGCUGCGGCUUCAUCUGCAAAAGACGUUGAAAUGGGGAAUUUAGAUAAUGAAGACGAAGAACUAGAAGAAGAGGAGGAGUCGGUUCCCACGGAGCUUGACACUUUGAACAGUUCGGGUGGGUUCUCGAUUGUGUUACCGGAUAAGCUAUCCGUUCAGUAUCCGAGCGUGAACUUACAUGGCCACGAUGUGGGUGUUGUUCAGGCCAAUUGUCCAGCUCCCGUCAAGCGUCUUGUCUAUUACUUUGAGAUUUAUGUCAAGAAUGCUGGUGCCAAAGGCUAUGUCUCUAUUGGAUUCACCACCGAGGGUUUCAAUAUGCGCAGACAACCUGGCUGGGAAGCAAACAGUUUUGGAUAUCAUGGGGAUGAUGGACUGCUUUAUCGUGGACAAGGAAAAGGAGAGGCGUUUGGCCCAACUUAUUCCACUGGUGAUACAGUCGGUGGUGGAAUUAACUAUGGUUCACAGGAGUUCUUUUUCACUAAUCAUUCUUUCAGGUACUUUACAGGAAUAUGUUUAUGUUCUUGAUGCCAGGAAAAAUGGUCAAGUGGUUGGAACAGUAGAGAAAGAUGUAAAAGGUCGCUUAUAUCCUACAAUUGCUGUUCACAGUCAACAUGAAGAGGUGAGUGUUAACUUUGGGAAAGAUCCGUUUCUUUUUGACAUCAAGGCAUAUGAAGCAGCACAAAGAGCAAAGCAACAGACGUAUAUUGAAAGAAUAAGUAUACCACAGACGGCUAGUUAUGGAAUUGUUCGUUCCUACCUACAGCAUUAUGGCUACGAGGACACCCUGCAUGUCUUUGAUGUGGCUAGCCAAAGUUCAGUUCCUCCUAUUACUGGUAUUCAUGAUAACGGGUUCAAUGAGCAUGGCGUGUAUGCAUUAAAGCAUAGAAAAAUUCUUCGAAAGCUAAUCAAGGAUGGUCAAAUUGAUGAUGCAUUUGGUAAUCUACGUGAGUGGUAUCCUCAGACGGUUCAGGAUGAUACAUCAGCCAUUUGUCUUAUGCUACACUGUCAAAAAUUCAUUGAACUAGUCCGGGUUGGACACCUGGAGGAAGCCGUGGAUUAUGGGAGGACUCACUUUGAAAAAUUUUAUAGCUUGAAAGAGUAUGAAGAUCUUGUUAAGGACUGUGCUGCUUUGUUGGCAUACGAAGAGCCAAAGAAAUCGUCAGUGGGUUAUCUUCUGGAGGAAUCGCAGCUAGAAAACGUGGCGGAUGCAGUGAACGCGAUAAUAUUGUCGACAAACCCAGAGGUGAAAGACAAUAGAAGCUGCUUGCAUUCUUAUCUGGAGAAGCUUUUGAGGCAACUAACUGCUUGCUUCUUAGAGAAAAGGUUGCUGAACGGAAAUCAAGGCGAAGCUUUCCAUCUGCGCAGAGUGCUCCUCGCGAAGAACAGUUAGUUGUUUUAGACCGAUUCUUUUGAUUCUCACCCGCUGUCGAUAUGUCCUGCCUGGCUCACUUUUACUAUUUUUUCGUCUCAAAUGUUUCGGUUGUAAAACUAAAUUACCAAAGCUUUAGAUGUACAUUUUCUGAAUCUGUACUGGUAUAAGAUGGUUGAAUUAAUCUGGUCUUUGCUGGUUA